UCUCUCUUAGAUUUUAUCAAUAGAAAGAAUUUCUGCUCAGUUCAACCAAAACCAAGGAUUUCAAGGAUCUUCAGUGCAGUUUGUGUUCAACGUUUGCCACAGAUCACAAAAGAGAAAUCAGAACUGGAAAAACGGUAUGAGGAACUUCAAGAUCAACUGGAACUUGAACACAGUGCACUGUCAGAGGAUGAAGUUGAGUGGGAAGGAAUUCAAGAACGGAAGAAAAACCUGAAGGAUGAUGACGAUGAUGAAAGUAUGGCAAUAGGAAUGAUGGAGUCGAAAAGAAAGGUUGUUAUGAUUGUUAAGAUUGGCAUGUUCUAAAACCUGAAACAGCGAAAUGAAAUGACCAAAAUGAAACAAGUGAAAUAAGCAAAAGGAGCAAAACAAGCAAAGCAAAAUGAUGGUAACGAGCAAAACAAAAUGAAACAAGUGAAACCACUGAUAUGACCAAAACAAAACUAUUGAAACAAAAUGAACAUCACAGGCAAAAUGAAACAACUGAAAUGACCUAAAAAUAAAAAAAAAAAAAAAAAGUCAAUAAUAAUAAAAUGAAUGCCCAGAGGUGUCAGGUGUUACAUCUUGAUUGCGAUUGGCUUGGCGUGAGGUGUCGAGGGAACCUUCAUAAACAAAUAAAUAAAUAAAAAAAUCAUGUCAAUGAAUACAGCUAUCUGUUUCCUCCUCUCCUUUCUGUAUACACGUUAGUAUUCAAUAUGGCUGGCAUUCUGUCCAAGAAACUACAAUAAUAUAUGUGUCAAAUUAUAGUUUCAACUGCUGGUGUGGUGGAAAAAAAAAAGGUUUGGUGAGACAACCUUAAUUUAUUUCAGAGCCUCAAAUGCAAGAGAAUAUCUGAAGUGAAAUCUACAUUUUUUUUUGACAUUUUAUCCUCCACUCAUCUCAAUCAUUUUAGUGGUUUGUUUUGGUCAUAGCGGUUAUUUUGUUUUGGUCGUUUUGUUUUGGUCGUUUUGUUUUGGUCGUUUUGCUUGUUUCAUUUGUUUCGUUUGGUCAUUUCAUUCUGUUGUUUCAGAUUUUUGUACAUUGCAAUAAGAUUUGAGUUUGACUAUAAACCAAGUGAAAAGAUCUUGAUUAUUUCUACCUUCCUGUAAGAUAUCAUGAACAGAAAAGAAUUAGUUAAUAAUGUGUUCAUGCUCAAUGUUGACUAGCACUAUUGCCUGCAUCUUGCAUUGUGACUGUUCUUGUUAAAAUGAACCUAUUUUAUUACAGUUAUGUGCUUCUGAUACAUGCCACUCAAUAUACUAUUUUAGCCAAGAAGUCAUAUUACACAUGAAGAUAGCACAUAAUUUACAUCACAUCAUCUCUGAGAGGUUCAAACAUUGAAGUUACCAUUAGAAAAUGUCUUUUGUUACCCUUGAUACUCUCUGGAACCAAACUGCCCCUUGGGAUAUGGAUUAUAUUGUGGCUUGUUUGGAGCUUUAUCCAGAGGGCAAGUGAACUAGAAAAGUUGGUUAUUAGGCAGCACAAUUUAGCCAACUAGGCAGAUUUGUGUAAAGCAUUAUUAGGCUGACUGGGGAUUAGCCAACAAUUUUUGAUUUAGUUUUGAAGCUUUUCAGACAGUUUCAAUUGUCUACAUUUUUUCUUUAGUUUUGUCUAUGGCUAAGGUAAAUCCCUUAAAAUGUAAACCCCGAUGCAGGCUUAAUUUUCAAGAAAAAUUGAGGAAACAUCAAUAUUUCUGUCCUGUGUUAUCACGAAAUGCUUUACUAACAACUGGGAAUAGGAAUUUCCUCUUUUUGGAAAUUCUGAAAAGAAAUUACUUGUAGCCCACAAUUAGAAAAGUAAAUCAGGUGGAUUGCACAUAUGAUGAGAUUUAAAUUAGUCAUGAUAAAUCAACAGCAAUUUGAGGAGGAGCAAGAAGAGGAAUUUAGACUGUAUCAGCCAGGCAGCCGAGAGACAGAAGCAGACAAAAUAACUGACCUUAAAUCAUUGCAUCGCAAACUACAAGAUAAUUUAAUCUUGUUAGUAAGACGUCAGAAGGAUUCAGUGACAUGGGAGCUGCCAUUUGGUGAAGUAACAAACACCAACGACACUCUUCAACAGGUUUGUUGACACCUUCCCUUUUAACCUUCAACUCCCAAGAUCUGGUUGUUGAUUCUCCCAUUAGCAGCUACACAUUUCCUCAUAUAUUAGUUAUGGAAAUUUAGUGUUAGAUCAAGAUAACAACAUCUACCUGAUACUUUUGAGUAUUCUCAUGACCAUUUUGCUGGAUAAUGUAUGAAUAUUAGAGGGAGAGGUUGCAUCUUAAUCACUUUUGGGAGUAAAGGGGUUUCAGUUUAGUAAAACUGGAAUUAAUAACUCUAAAAGACAGUGGUUAUCAUGUUGUAAUGGUCAUGUGCACAGCCUUUUCCCUAUGUUUUGGAUGGCUGAUCUACAUUUACAGCAAAAUAAACUUAACAUAGUGUACUUACGCAAAAAAGUUACAUGCACAGUGUGGUUGCUUCUAUUGGGAUGGUUUCAUCUUGGGGUUCACCUGCUGACAAAAAUGUGUAGUCAUCUUUCUCAACACAGUUGAUGGUUUAGUGGACAAUAGGGUUUUGUCCAACUCUUAUAAAUAUUACUAAUAACUGUAAAUAAAAUUGCAUUUUUUACCUAUUUUCAGGUAGCAUCAAAAAGUUUAAGUGACACUUGUGGCACUGAUCUUAAAGUUCAGUUUCUCAGCAAUGCACCAACUGCUGUGAUGAAAAAGUACAAAAACAAAAAUGACAAGGUGAGGUUAAUAGUGUUCAAAAGAUAACAUUGUUAAAGCUGAAGGAGUGCCAAGCUAAAGGCAGGGUUAUGGUACCUUGUUGAUUUAAGUUCAGUUUAAUGAUGCUUUUGGGAAUAAAGAGAUGUUACAUCUUCAAAAGAAUGAAAUCAGCUCUUCCUCCUAUGGAAACAAAAUCAAAACCUAUCUCAGACUUUACAGAGUUUUCUUUCUCUCAGGCCCAAAAAUAACACUGAGAUGCACUCAAACAUUUUUCAAAACUUGUUGUCUUAAUUCUCCAAGUGUGUCUGUCCUCAAAAUCUUCUUUUUGUUUCCUAGGUAUUUUUCUACAAAGUGAACUAUGUAACAGGUUGUGUCAGACUACAUGAAGGAUACUUUGAUCACAUCUGGGUGACAAGGAAGGAAAUGAAAGACUUUGUUGAUGCAGAAUAUUUCAAGACAAUAAAACGGUUUAUAUUUUAA